AAGACGUUUGCGGACGGACUUGUGUACUCAUCUGCAAGGACUACCACGGAAAACGCGGAUUUCGAGAGACAGAUACGGCUAAAAGACUUUUCAAAGGUUUGCCGUGAAGAUGACAAACAGACAGAGGAGAAGCCGGUACUUGACCAUCAGCAUAUUACAUAUCAUAACGAUAAUGUGCCAAGCACUUCCCGAGGGUCCAGCAUUUACGGAACCAAUUCCUAACAUUACGGUUGCACUUGGGAAGGAUGUUAAUCUGCCAUGUGUCAUAGAAAAUCUAGGAAACUAUAAGGUGGUAUGGAUGCACAUGACUCUCAAUGCACUUCUUUCUGUCCACACAAGGAUGGUCAUCAAGAUACCACGAUACUCCGUCACGCAUAAUCAAAAUACGUGGCUGCUAAAAAUCAAUAACGUGCAGAAGGAAGAUAGAGGAUAUUAUAUGUGCCAAAUUAAUACUAAUCCAAUGAUGAGUCAACUAGGAUACGUCGAAGUUGUAGUCCCACCAAAUAUAAUAGACUCCUUAUCGACUCAAAGUAACGUCGUAGUCAGGGAGUACCAAAACGUCACCCUUACCUGCAAAGCCGAUGGAUAUCCUGUACCAAUCUUAACGUGGAAACGUGAAAACGGCGAAGCCAUCUUUGUUGAUCGGCGAGAAAACGCUACCAAGUUUGAUGGGAGCCAGCUGAAUCUGAUAAAAAUAGGGCGAUCUCAGAUGGGUGCGUAUUUUUGCAUGGCUAGCAAUGGAAUACCGCCCAGUGUCAGCAAAAGAAUUGUUGUCGAAGUGGAAUUUAAUCCAAUGAUAUGGGUACCGAAUCAGUUGGUGGGUGCUCCCGCUGGCACUAAUGUUACCAUUGAAUGUCAAACCGAAGCAUAUCCACCCGCGGUCAGCUACUGGAUAUUCAACGAUACCAUGGUUGGAAACGAUACCAACACCAACGACAGGUAUUCGACAAACAAAAUGGAAAACAGCUACAGAACUCGAAUGAGGUUAACCAUACGGAACAUACAGAGCAGUGACUUUGGCAAUUAUCGAUGCAUUAGCAGAAACUCUCUUGGAGAGACCGAAGGUUCGAUUAGACUAUACGAAAUGGCGAAACCGUCGAUAAGUCCGAAAGCUACUGAAACUAAAAGUAACACGAACAAAAAAGGUCGCAAAAGUACAACAGUCCCACCAAAGAGGCUGACAACAAUUUGGCCCGCAGUUUACACGCCGUAUUAUCCAAAAAGGACAGAGCAACCUCCACUAGGAGCAGAAAAUAUUGAAAAUCCAGAACUAACAUUGCGAGAACAAACUGGGGCAGGAAGUGCCUACAUAGUGCGGUGGAAUGCACCGCAAUUUAUGGUCGUUGCGAUGCAGUAUAUCCUAACCGGACCCUACAUGCCUCCCUAUAUGCCGCAGAACACACUUUGAAUUGACAAAUAAGUCA